UCCCACCCAACGUGGCUCCGGGACAGCUCCGGGGCAGCUCCGCUUGCCGCGCAUGUGUACUAGGAGCCACUCCCCUCAAGGAGCAACAGAGCUGGAGCUGCCGGCCAGCUUCUGUUUCCUAGGCAACGCAAUACGCAAACGCUGGUCUUAGUGGCACUGGCACAAUGUGCUUCAACAAAACAGAAACGCUGGUUAACUGCUCCUUUGGAACAUGUCAACGGAGGAAGCUCUUUCCUCACUUCCACCCCCCAAACUUGUUGGGGAACAAGUUUCUCCCUCUUAGGGGAGUGCCCCACAGAGGGCCUGGAUGUUACAUAGCAGAAGAUAGGUAUGGCUUGGCAUACAACCUCUCUAAGAUCCCGACCAGUACAAAAGGAUAUGCUUUGGGAGCCAGAACAGCCGUGAGGUUUAAGCCAAUCAGCAAGGAUAUGACACCUUACCCAGGCAUGUACCAAACAGUCGGUCCUCAGGAGCAAACACACAAACAAAAUUUUGCUCCAUUUAAUGCCUUGUUGCCUCGAUUUAGGACAUACUCUAAGGACACUUGUUAUCCUGGCCCUGACACAUAUAACCCAGAGAUAAAGGCACCCAAAAAAGUCACCUGGCCAAUGAAAUUUGGAUCUCCAGACUGGGCCCAGGUUCCAUGUCUACAGAAAAGAACCCUGAAAGCUGAGCUGCCCACAGACAAAGACUUUAGAAAGCAUCGGAACCUUGUGGCCUACCUAAGCCUGUAUUACAACUGAAAAGCUGUGACUACCUUCACGUGUUCCUCCUGACCACAGACUCUCCAGGAUUGAGGACAGAGCUGCUUUUGUCCUUCUGCAUUGCUCUGGCCUGCCUGUCUGCCAGCAUGGGGCACAGGGAGGGGCAAGGGGCUCAUAACUACUAUAUAACAGCAUAAAGAUUAGUUCAGAGAUCUCUCUC